ACUUGGGAUUUUGAAGAAGCCAAGCUUUGGGGAGAAUGGAGAAGUACUUGAGACAAAACUUCGAUGUGGAACCGAAGAGACCCUCGGAAGAAGCUCUAAGGAGAUGGAGAUCUGCCGUUUUCUUGGUGAAGAACCCUCGCCGCCGCUUCCGCAUGGUGGCCGAUCUCGCCAAGCGUGCCGAGGGUGAACGCAAGCGCCUGAAAAUGCAGGAAAAGAUCCGAGUAGCUCUAUAUGUGCAGAAAGCAGCAUUUCGUUUCAUUGACGGUUUGUUUGUUACUAAAUUCACCCCGCUGUCUGAAAAUGUUAGGGAAGCUGGUUUUGGUGUUGAACCAGAUGAACUUGCAUCUGUCGUCCGUUCUCAUGACAGCAAGGGCAUGGAAACCCAUGGUGGAGUCGAAGGAUUCGCAAGAAAAAUUUCUGUCUCGCUGAAUGACGGUGUUGUUUCAACUGACAUACCUCUAAGGCAAAAAGUCUUUGGCUUGAAUAAAUUUGUUGAGAAACCUUCCAGACCUUUCUGGAUGUUUGUCUGGGAAGCCUUGCAAGACCUGACUCUGAUCAUCCUCAUUGUAUGUGCUGCAGUCUCUGUAGGUGUUGGAAUUGCCACAGAAGGAUGGCCAAAAGGUAUGUAUGAUGGGCUAGGAAUAAUACUCUGUAUUUUCUUGGUGGUUAUGGUUACUGCAAUCAGUGACUACAAGCAAUCCUUGCAAUUCAAGGAUUUGGAUAAGGAAAAGAAGAAUAUAAUUGUUCAUGUCACUAGAGAUGGAAGCAGACAGAAGGUUUCCAUCUAUGAUUUGGUUGUUGGGGAUAUAGUACAUUUGUCCAUUGGAGACCAAGUUCCUGCAGACGGGCUUUUCAUAUCAGGUUAUAGCUUGUCCAUUGAUGAAUCAAGCUUGUCGGGUGAGAGUGAGCCUGUUGAUGUCGAGAAAGAGAGGCCGUUUCUUUUAUCCGGGACCAAAGUUCAAGAUGGAUCUGGUAAAAUGCUGGUAACAUCGGUUGGUAUGAGGACUGAGUGGGGGAGAUUGAUGGUUACUCUAAGCGAAGGCGGAGAAGAUGAGACACCAUUGCAGGUGAAGCUAAAUGGAGUAGCAACCAUUAUUGGGAAAAUUGGUUUGGCUUUUGCUGUAGUGACAUUUUUGGUUUUGACCACACGGUUUCUAGUGGAGAAAGCACUAAAUAAUGAGAUUGCAAAAUGGUCUACAAGUGAUGCACUGAACCUUUUGGAUUUUUUUGCCAUUGCAGUAACCAUACUUGUGGUUGCAGUUCCAGAAGGGUUACCAUUGGCAGUAACACUAAGUCUUGCCUUUGCAAUGAAGAAACUAAUGAAUGAUAAGGCACUUGUGAGGCAUCUAUCUGCAUGUGAGACAAUGGGAUCUGCUAGUUGCAUUUGCACAGAUAAAACUGGAACAUUGACUACAAACCAUAUGGUACUAACUAAACUAUGGAUCUGUGGAGAUGCUAAAUCGGUAAAAGGCAGUGAAGCUAGAAAUUCAUUAUCUUCUUUAUCUGAAAGACUACUAGGCAUUCUAUUGCAAUCUAUAUUCCAGAAUACAAGUUCCGAGGUGGUGAAGGGUAAAGACGGAAAGACAAACAUCUUGGGCACUCCAACAGAGACAGCGUUGUUAGAGUUUGCCAUGCUUUUCAAAGAUCUUAAUGCCUCUUGGAAGGAGUCUAAGAUAGUAAAAGUUGAACCUUUUAAUUCAGUGAAGAAGAAGAUGUCUGUGCUUGUUGCUCUUCCAGGUGGUGGGCUUCGAGCAUUCUGCAAAGGCGCAUCAGAAAUCAUCUUGAAGAUGUGUAACAAUAUUGUAAAUGAAGAUGGGGAUUCUGUGGCUCUCUCAGAAGAACAGAGGGAAAACGUCACAAAUGUCAUAAAUAGUUUUUCAUGUGAAGCUCUAAGAACUCUAUGCAUGGCUUACAAGGAUAUAAAAGAUGGUUCGCAAGUAGAUAGUAUUCCUGAUGAAGACUAUACACUUAUAGUAGUUGUUGGGAUUAAGGAUCCAGUUCGCCCCGGUGUAAAGGAAGCCGUUCAGACUUGUUUGGCUGCGGGGAUUAAGGUGCGAAUGGUCACCGGUGACAAUAUUAAUACUGCCAAAGCCAUUGCUAAAGAAUGUGGUAUAUUGACAGAUGAUGGUAUUGCCAUAGAAGGGUCUGAUUUUCGUGACAAAACUACCCAGGAGAUGAAGGAAAUUAUACCAAGACUUCAGGUGAUGGCUAGAUCAUUACCCUUGGAUAAGCACAAGUUAGUAGCCCAUUUGAGGACUGAGUUCAAAGAAAUUGUGGCAGUGACUGGUGAUGGGACCAACGAUGCUCCUGCUUUGCAUGAAGCAGAUAUUGGCCUUGCUAUGGGUAUAGCAGGAACAGAGGUUGCAAAGGAAAAUGCUGAUGUUGUCAUAAUGGAUGAUAACUUUAAAACUAUUGUGAAUGUUGCCAAAUGGGGUCGUUCAGUUUAUAUUAACAUUCAGAAGUUUGUGCAAUUCCAGCUAACAGUUAACAUUGUUGCUCUCAUGAUCAAUUUUAUCUCUGCUUGCAUCUCCGGAUCUGCUCCUCUUACUGCUGUUCAGUUGCUUUGGGUGAAUAUGAUUAUGGACACUCUCGGAGCAUUAGCUCUGGCUACCGAGCCUCCAAAUGACGAUCUGAUGAAAAGGCCUCCUAUUGGGAGGAAUGUUACUUUUAUAACUAAGGUCAUGUGGAGGAACAUUAUAGGUCAGAGCAUUUAUCAACUGGCUGUCCUUACAGUUUUCAAAUUUGAUGGAAAGCGUUUGCUGAAGCUCAAUGGUUCAGAUGCUAACUCUAUUCUCGAUACAUUCAUAUUCAACACCUUCGUAUUUUGCCAGGUAUUCAAUGAAAUAAACAGUCGUGAUAUGGAGAAGAUUAAUGUUCUUUGCGGAAUGUUUAGCAGCUGGUUAUUCAUGAUCAUCAUUAUGUCAACAGUAGCUUUCCAAAUUGUUAUAGUUGAAUUCUUGGGCACUUUUGCAGAUACUGUGCCACUAAACCUGGAUUUGUGGUUAGCCAGCAUAUUAAUCGGAGCAGUAAGCUUACCCAUCGCUGUUAUCCUCAAGUGCAUACCUGUUGACAUGGCUAAGCCUACCACCAUUGCCAAACAUCAUGAUGGUUAUGAACCUCUUCCUAGUGGUCCAGACCUGGCAUGAUAAGAUUAAAUUAAAGCUUUCAUAGAACCUACUUGAAGCUCAACUGUGUUCCAAAUGGUGCUAGCUGAAUCGAAGCGACUUGAUCUUACUUAAAUAUGGUUCCUAUUACUUUUUUCAGUUCUUUGGAUUAUUGGAAGGUAUGGAUUGAUUUUUUUUCCCCCCCAAUAUUUCAUUUAAUUAUUUUUUAGAACUAGGCUGGAAAUUGUACGUUUUGAGUAGGAAAAUUUGGAGAAUUUGAUUCACGUUUAAUUCUUUUUGGGUAAUUUCAUGAUGGCUCUUAAUUUGGUGUCUCCUAAAUUUCUGCUUCAAGAAAUGGCAAGUGAUUCUCCUUUAUUUUCUCGUCUAUAA